AUGUCGCUGUUAGAUCACAAGGCUGUGACAAUACAGCGAUUCGGGCUUACUCAGGUAUACAAGCCGCCACAAGAUACUGAGGCUACUGCGAUACUCGUCUUUGUUCAUGGACUAUUUGGCCACCCUCAGAGAACCUGGACAGGCCAGAAGCCAGAACAGAACAUCGCCCGAGAAGCCCAUAGAACACAUACUACGAAUGCUCAUCCUGCGGAGUUAGAACACUCGAGCCAGAUAUCCGACACCGCGCGUUCGAAUUUAGUGACUUCAUCAGAGAUAGUUGGAUCACGCAGUGGUGAGGUAUUCUGGCCAGUGGCCAUACUUCCGACUGUGCUUCCGGACACACGCAACUUUACCUGGGGAUACGACGCUGAUGUCGACGCAUUCAACACGUCCGUUGGACAUAACAAUGUCGAACAGCAUGCGAACGAUCUCUUGAUUGACAUUGCGAACUUGAUAGAUAAACAUGGAUAUGUAAAACUUCCCAUAAUAUUCGUGGUGCAUAGUCUUGGUGGAGUAGUUGUCAAAGAAGCAUUGAAUAUAUCAUCUCAAUCUGAGAUUCAACGUCUCAAAGGUGUUGCCGCUGCCACUCAUGGUGUUUUGUUUCUAGGAACACCCCAUCGCGGGUCUGGAUCAGCCACGAUGGGCAAGCAUGUCUAUCGGAUUGCUCGGCUUGCCACCAAACGACCAAAUAUUAAGCUUUUGAGAUCUUUAGAGAAGAAUUCUGAUACGCUGAAAAGUAUAAGCAACAGAUUCCGCAGCACACAACAAAAGUGGAACAUCAAGAUAUCAUCUUUCUAUGAAGAUCGGGAAGUGCGAAAGUAUUUCCUGUUCCACAGCAUGAUAGUAGACAAUGAGUCUGCUCAGAUUGGCCAUGGAGAAGAGGAAGUAUCAUCAAUACCCAAAAAUCAUCGUGACAUGACAAAGUUCACAUCAGCUGAAGAAGUGGGGUUUGAUCGAGUCAGCUCACAGUUGCGGCGAUGGGUGAAAGAAAUCAAAGAGAAGUCUGAAGCAAAUGGAAUCAAAACCGGGGCGCUAGAGAUUUGCCUUUCUAGUCUAGAAAACUCGCAAACUCGAACUCGCUAUAACAAUGUCGCUUCGUCAUACGAUGGAACCUUUCAGUGGCUAUUUGAUCACGAGGUUGUUCCAUUUGUAGAUUGGUUGAAAGCAAAUCAGAACGGAGUCGGUCCUUCUCGCCCAAUCUUCUGGAUCAAUGGCAAACCUGGGUCUGGGAAAUCGACUCUGAUGAAGUUUGCAAUGCGAGAUCAAAGAACUCAAGACUAUCUUAGCUCUGUUUCAGGUCACAUAGAGUGGGCUAUACUCGGUUUCUUCUUCCACGACCGUGGCUCUCACAUCCAGAAAUCAAUGGUAGGCAUGCUUCAGGCGCUUUUACACCAACUCUUGUCACAAGCUCUAGAUCCUUGGACUCUAGUAGAGUACAUCCAUCCGGUAUACUCUGAGCUUGUGAAGUUACAACGGACAUCGACUCCAGUCUGGACAUUUGAUUCACUCUGCCAAGCAUGGCUAGCCAUUACCGAACAGCGAAAGGUACCCCUUCGAAUGUGUAUCUUCUUGGAUGCUCUUGACGAGCACGACGGGGACAAUACCCUGCUUGCGGCUUUCAUUUAUAAGCUACUUGCAGGUGCCGAUGAACAAACAGUCAGGAUCAAAAUAUGCGUCGCAAGUCGAACAUGGAAUAUUUUUGGGCAACAUUUUGGAACCUGUCCCCAGUUUGCAAUACACCAAUGCACCGCCAGUGAUAUUCAGGCAUAUACCACGAAAAGAUUGUUGGGGGCAAUGGUAGGUCUGGGAGAGAAUGAUCAUAACUAUACCACGAAACUAUCAUUGGAGCCAUUGAGAUAUGUGGGAGAGGAUUAUGAUGCUACUUUCUCUUCGAAGCUUGCCCAACUCGCAGAAAAUGUCAAUGCAAAAGCCCACGGCGUCUUCAUAUGGGUCCGAAUUGUUGUCGACGAACUUGUUAAGGGUGUCAGGGAUGGGACAGCACUAUCAUUAUUGGAAAGAAAAGUGUCCGAUAUGCCGGAAGAACUGGAAGAUCUGUAUCGACAUACCCUGGAGAGAAUCGAGCCCGAAUAUGCCGAUGAAGCUUAUAUUAUGCUGCAAAUCGCUCUUUGUAGUCUUUCACCACUCCCGCUUCAGACUUUUAUCAAAUGCACCUCUGUCAUCAAGUCAGAGGGUUACUACAAUUCAUCCGAAGCAGAAAUGUUACGCCAGCUGAUUAGUAGAAGUGGGGGCCUUCUAGAGAUCACAGCAAUUGAUUCUGAGGAUCUAACGACAAAAGCACCGUACAAAGUCGAAUCGUUUAAUUCAUCACAAGGCUCGUUCGUUAGACCAAUUCUAUACGAAGCACCUCGUCUCAUUACAGAAAAGUCGGGUCUGACAGAGCAUUCAAGCGGUACCGCAGUCACCGUUCAGUUCAUCCACCAGACCGUUAAGGAUUUCAUUGCUAAAAACGACAACAAUCUUGGUCUACGUCUGAGUGGCUCUGAUUUUGUAUGUCAGAGUGGUUAUUUCUACCUACUCCAUUGCUCAAUACGCUACGGCAAAUCUAGGUGGGCUCGUGAACUCAGUCGACACAUGCUCGAAUAUGCUUUCCGGGUUGAAACAUGUACCUCCGUGAAUGUGUCUCGAAUCAGUCAACUUUUCCAUUUCAUGUUGGAUUCCGAUGCACCGGAUAGUGCAUAUCGAUUUGACAUGUGGAUCAAUACAUGGUUCCCCAGACAUCCACAUGGCCCUAUGAAGCCUUUCGACGCUUUCGUAGGUUUUGCUAUAGCUGCGGACUUGAAAGCUUUGAUUGAGUACGAGCUCAAACCUGACUAUUGGGUCGAUUUAGAUGAACGCAGAGGAUACAGAGGAUAUCUAAUCCGAGUAGCCGCAACUGGCCAACGUUAUUCUUCGUCUCAGUCUAGUCGAGAAUCUAUGGUCCGACAUUUAAUCAAACUAGGGUGCCCUGUCGAUACACCUGUGAUCUAUUGGAGUGAUACAGAUUACAAUACGAAUUGCACGCUUUUGAGUUGGCUGCUACGGAACAAACCCAAUAGACGUAUAUCCGAAAAUGAUGCGCUUUCCCUCGCAAGAAUUCUGUUGGAAAACGGAGCAAGCACAGAAGCCCGAGCCUUUUCUGAUCCGGCAUUGCAAGGGAGAGAACGUGCUGUGUUAUAUAGUUGUAUUCUACACAACAAUGGAAAGGCCGUUGAACUCCUCUUGGAAUAUGAAGCGGAUACCUCAGUUAUUGAUCAGGAGUUGGUUUUCACUGUAUUUAUGAGGGACAGGCUGGGCGAGAGUACCAUGUCGGACAUACUCAGGAAGAACGGAAUAUUGGGGGUUUUGGGGUUUGACACAAUGGGGAAUUGGAUUAAGCCGUUUCGUCAAGAAAUUUCUAUUCUUAUGGUUCUUUUCGGUGGAUGUCUCACCAGCCUUGCAUCGAUUGGAAGCUCGCAAGUUGGGGAGUCAGUAGCCUGGGCCCUCCAAAAUAUCCGGGGUGAUAAUGGCCCAAGUUUGAUAGUCAACCAUAUGUGA